AUGCAAGAUCUUAUUGAUGCAUAUAUAAAUAAACUAAGAUUUGUUUGGAAAACUGAAGUAAUUUCAAAUGGAAACAAUAUAAAACAAUCAUUUGAAGAAUGGUCGGUACCUGUACCACUCAAACCAAAUUUGAUAAACAGUACAUAUUUAUGCUUGGUUGAUCUGAAUAAUAUUCGACGACGACCACUCCAACACAAACCAGAUGUAACUCUGGCUCUCACUGAUGUUAUCAUGUAUCUUUUAAUACCUGGAUCAAUACUCACAUUAUCUGUUAUCGUACCUGUCAUUCUUUUUAUUAAUCAAUGGUUCAAAAUGAUUUUAAAACCACAUCCAUGA